GAGCUCGCCCAAACGCCGUAAAGUCUGCUAGGCUGGCUAGGUACGGCCAUGGCCAAGCGGUUUUUCGAAGCCUACAAUGAGACCCCCGACGGCACCCAGUGUCAUCGCAAGGCCUACAUCACUACUGCCUUAGGCGGCCUUUGUGGCCUAAUAAGCUCUGCUUACAGCAUCACACACAACCCUGCAGAUUCUCCCCUGGAAGCCGUGGCCAGGGUCGGCCGGUUCACAUUCACUGCAGCUGCUAUUGGAGCUAUGUUUGGCCUUACCACCUGUGUCAGUGCCCAGGUCCGAGAGAAGCCAGAUGACCCCCUGAACUACUUCAUUGGAGGUUGUGCGGGAGGCCUGACACUGGGAGCACGAACUCACAGCUACGGGACCGCCGCCAUUGGCUGUGUCUACAUGGGUACCGCGGCCGCCCUGUUCAAGAUGGGCAAGCUGGAGGGCUGGGAGCUGUUUGCCACCCCCAAGGUGUGAGCCAACCUGUAGCAAAUAAAUGCUGGAUGUCCCUCC